AUGUUAACCAAUGAAUGGACAAUGGGAAAAUUACUAACAUGGGGACGAGGUUAUGCUUGUGUUUCCCCAGGUGAUGGACGAACUCCAAUUUGGAUACCAGCCCGAUGACUGAAGACGUACCAUGGAGCCAACAAGAAAAUUCCUGUGGGACAUCGAGCCACCGGCGAGGCAGUUCCAGGGUCUGACACUGAAGAUGACAGUGAUCAGGCCAACACCCGGAACUAGGGAAGCCCAACACCCAACUUGGGGACAGAUAAAAAAGCUGUGUCAGGAUGCUGAAAAACAAGUUCAGCAAGCUCAGCUGCCUAUGACAGGUCCUAACCUGAUGGCGGCAAUGUUAGCUUUAAUUGCUAUUGCUUCCUCAGAUGCACAAGAAAAACUCUCUCAGAUCUAAAGCAGAAAGAAGCUACUUGGUCCAUCCUGUCUGCAUUGAAGAAACAAAAAGGGGGACAUGUGGGGAAACAAGAUUUUCAUGUCACUUAGACCAUGUCUGGGGUGGUGACCUGGAAUGCUGGGUCACAAACCUACAUGGAACACCAUUGUAGGCAUGCCGUGUAAAGAUGUGUGUCUUGUGACUAUGAUAGCAGUGUUAACCAUUGACCCCAGAUUGUUCCUUCU